GAAUGUGCAAUUGUGGAUGAAGUUGAUUCCUUGAUGCUGGAUAAGGGCCUCCAUGUGGUCUAUCUUAGUAGCGAUAUGCCUGCUUUGCAACAUCUCAAUCCACUCUUGGCUUUCAUAUGGGCCACUGCUAAUCAAUACAACAAGAUUGGCUCAGAGACAACUGUGGGACAAAAGUACCCAUUUUACCAAGUUUUACUUGAAAACAUAAAGUGCAAAGAUGUUGACGAGUUCAUCAUCCUUCAGAUGGCUGAAGACACAGGUAUACUGGCUAAAGGUUCGGUCAAGGACCUGAGAAAGAACUCAAGUCUCUUGCCUGACAAAACUGCAGGUGUUACUGCUCACCAGUUGGCAAAGUUCUUUCAGACAGUAGAGGGGAGAUUCCCAUCUUGCCAGUUUGCUCUGCACUGCAUGAAUGAUGAUGGAGUAAUAGAGGAACUGAAGAAGGUAUCACGAAAAGAAACGACUGGAAGACAGAGGGUGCCUCUGCUUUUGAUCAAUGGAGGCUUGUGUCAGUACAUGUACUCUGAUAAAGACAGUGUACAGAGAGCUGUGGAAGCAGAAAUAGAAGAUGUCCUGUGUUUUACACCAUGUGACCUGAGCCAAGAUAAAUGCUGUCUCUAUGUCCCAGGCUUUCUGUCAGAUCUGGUCAAAUCUAAACUAAAGGUUUGGAUUCAAAAUGCAUUCCAUGCACAAACCAUGACAAUGGGCCAUGAAUAUAUCAUUGAGGAACAUGGGAUUGUGCCUGUUGACUACAGCUGCACAGGUGUUGUUGAAAACAACAUGAAAUGGACAGAUGGACUACAGCAGUUCAUUGAAAUGAAACAUGCAAAGUCCAAGUUGACUGACAUGACAGCCAUCACAAACUAUAUGUCCAAUGUUGGCUUGCUGCGAAAAUAUGGUGAUCAGAUCUUUGGACUCUCUGGAACUCUUGGCCAACAAGCAGAGACUGAGACUUUGCAGAAAAUCUACAAAGACAUCAAGACCUGUCAGAUACCUUCAUUCAAACGCAGAAAGCUGUUUGAGGUAGAAGGUCUGAUUGUAGAUGAUGAAAAAGAAUGGAUUGGGAAAAUCUGCAACGUUGUUACUGCACAAACCAACCCUACUCUUUACAGGGAUGAAAGGGCUGUGUUGGUCAUCUGUGAGACCAUCAAUCAAGCAAAGGUUCUCCACAACGCUCUAGGAGAUAAAGUCUCAAACAGAAAGCUUUAUAUAAGCAACAACACGGACAAUUCCGAAGUCUUUAAAGAGCUUCAGGGUAGAGAUGUUAUCAUAGCAACAAACCUUGCAGGUCGUGGGACGGACCUUAAAGUGUCUGAUGACAUAAAAUCAGCUGGAGGUUUGUUUGUUGUGCAAACCUUCCUGCCUGACAACGCUCGUGUGGAGGCCCAGGCAUUUGGUCGUAGUGCCAGACAAGGAUCUCCUGGGUCUGCUCAGCUCAUUGUCUGCUCCAGACAUCUCCCAGAACUACUCCAAUGGCUGAUUUCAAGGGACACACAGAAUAAGACGAAUAACCUGCAACAUCUUUUUGUGAUGCAAAUGAGGUCCUACAAAAGAAGUCACAGUUACAAGCAAUCUAAUGAUAUGUCUUCAAUGCUCUUACAUAUCUUAACUGAAAUCUCAAAUUCAAAGAUGAAGAGGGUGAAAAAGGCCAGAGAUGUCUUUGUGGCUCAAAGACUAGCUCACUAUUUGGAGUGUGACAUCCCUAAAGUAAAGAAAAAGGAAGAGCUCUUCAGUCAGUACCUGGAAACACUUGAUGAGGUGUACAAAAGCAGUAACAACAGGCCAGCAGACUCAGAUUUGUCUGCACUGAAUGAAUUCUGGGGUAUGUGGCUCCUCACAAACUUCAAUGAGAACGAAUCAAUCAUGGACUUAAAACACAAACUAGGUGAAGACCUGAAAACAGCCAGGCAAAAACUCACACAGAGAGAAUCACCCUCAUCAAACCUGCACCACUACAUUGCAUUUGGCAAUGAUCUGCGCAAAAAGGGAAAUCUUGCAGGGAGUAUCGAGAUGUACACUAAGGCCAUACAGGAGGACCACUGUUGGGCAGCAGUUGCAUAUUAUAACCGUGCUUUUGCAUCUUUAGCCAAGGACAGGCAUCAGGAUCCAAACUGCAUCAAUCAAGCUCUGGAAGAUUUACAAAAUGCACUCAAGUCUGUUGAGCUCUACUGUGAACAAAUUCAGGUCACUCAAAGAUACUCCACACAAGUCAACAACCUCUGCAGUGAUUCAACCACCAGAUUUGACAGUCACAUGAGAGCCAGACACAAAGUGUUGUUGUGUUUCAAGGCAAACAUAAAUGAGGCCAUUAAAACAGCACACAGGGCCAGAGACUCUGGUGGGAGUGUCAAAGUGGAGGAGACUCUUGUCUACUUCAUGGUACCACUGGAGAAUUUUCUGUCCCUGGCGGUCCUUUCGACUCAAUCCCUGACUCACAUCCGCUCCAGAGACCCUGUAAAGUUGCUCCAGCUCAUCAGUCACCCCUCCUUUGACAUUGUCAGUGAACUUAGGUGUCUUGAAUCUCUCGGCCUGACUCAUGUUUAUACCUUAGAAGCACAGAUCUCUCUGGGUAGGUUUUUAGCAAAGACGCUACUUGGGAUCAUACGCUGAGCUCUGCAUUCAGCACUGAAGCAAAACAAAUCAAGGAAGUAAUAGAGGAGAUGUUGGUGUUGUAAGGAAAUCUUGUUCGCCACAAACUCUCUGGACCUAAGAAACACAGCCUACUUCAAGUUUGCUGCAGGUUAAGUUCAUCUGUUUGAUUUUUACUUUUUUUUUUUGUUUUGUUUUGGGGAAAUUCCACAUCCUUUAAAAACCAUGUGACCCUAGUUUCAGUUGUUAAUGCAUUUUUGAUGCUAAGUAAUGCAGGCUGUUUCUAUUGUGGCAGUAAAUAUAAUAUGGUAUAUUUUUGUAUUAAUUGUUGUCAGGUAAAUCUAACAAUUGCAAAUUCAUUUCUAUUAUGGAGAACUUCAAUGACACUAAUCAAAUAAGUAUUAAUAUUAUUGUAAUUUAUCUUACACACAUGUAUAUACAUAUAUACAUAGUGCAAUUUUGAAGGAGGUUUUUCAGUUUUGUUCUAUUUUUUUUCUCCGAUAUUUUGUUUUUUUAUUUGAUGUUUAAAAGAUACAUGUACUUGUUACCUUGAUUCAUUAUUUAUAUUAAUUCAAAUGACAAUGACAAAAUAAUGUUGUCAUACUGAUACUACAGUGAUACUGUAUUUAAUAUUUUACUUUCUGGAACAUAUACCUGAAACAUUGUGUAAAAUGUGUAGUUGCAAAGUUAUUGUUGAUUGACACUAAAGGAUUAAUGAAGUAAUUAAGUUUUAUUUUCAAUUCACUUUGAAGGAC